GGUGACCCUGAGUUGAUUCUGAGUCAGUUGAUUCUGACUCAUGGUGACCCCAUAUGUUUCAGAGUAGAACUGCAAUCUGUGGGGUUUCAUUAGCUGGGACUUUUUGGAAGGAGGUCUCCGGGCCUUUCUUUUAAGGCAACUCCCAUUUAAUUAGGUCUUUUUAAUUUGUUUCCGUAAUGUUUCCUAGUUUUCUGUGUACAAGUCUUUCACCUUCUUGGUUAAAUUUAUUCCUUUUAAUUUCCUUUUUAAGUUGUUCUUUGCUGGUUUAUAGAACUGCAGUGGAUUUUUGUGUGUGAACUGUAUCCUACAACAUUGCUGAAUUCACUUAUGGGUUCUUUUGGAAUCUUCUGUAUAGGAUCAUAUGAACAUACAUAGUUUUACUUCUUCCUUUCCUAUUUGGAUAUCUUUUAUUUCCUUUUCUUAACAAUUGCUCUGGCUAGAACUUCCCGUACAGCAUUGAAUAGCAGUGGUGGAAGUGAAGACACUGCUUGGUCCUGUUCUUGGGGGAAUGAUUUCAGUCUUUCUUCAUGGAGUAUGAAGUUAGCUUUUCACGAAUGUCUGUUAGCAUAUUGAGGAAUUUCCCUUCUAUGUCUAGUGUGUUGAAUGUUUUCAUCUUGAAAGGGCCUUGGAUUUUGUCAAAUGCCUUUUCUGUUUUGAUCGAUAUAAUAUGAUUUUUCCUCUUUGUUUCAUUAACGUGAUGUGUUAACCCACUGCCAUCAUGAUGUAUUACAUUGUUUAAUUUUCCUAUGUUGACCCACCCCUGGGAUAAAUCCCACUUAAUCAUGGUAUAUAGUCCUUUUACGGUUUGCUAGUAUUUUGCACUGGGUUUUUAGUAUUUUGUUGAGGAUGUUUGCAUCUAGAUUCAUAAGGGACAUUAGUCUGCAGCCUUCUUUUCUUGUGGUAUCUUUAUCUGGCCUUCAUACCAGGGUAUUGCUGGCCUUAUAGAAAGUGUAAGUGUUCCCUCACAAUCAUUGCUAUUUUGAGCCUACAAAAAUGUACUUGUCUACCUCCUGGAUUCUCUGACCUCCAGGUGCCAGAAUCUUCAGCUGUAUGCAGUCUUAUAGUUUGGCUGGAAGUCCCGCAUGUAGUCUAACUUUGAUACUAUUAGUUGUCUGAGGAGCCUGCAACCCACCCAGCUCCUGGCCCCCCCUGCCCAGGCUGGGUCAUGGAGAUUGGAUGGCUGUCCCUGUCAGACUAGAGCCCUGCACUAUCUGCUGUCCCCCAUAAGACAGAGGGUCUUUCAGUCCCACACUGAGACACUGCCCUCAGACUAGGGCACAACAGUAGCAGAGGGUCUGCGAGAUUGAAUGCUGGGUGUGCCUUGCAGAGUUUCUUACGCCUCCACCUCCCCUCCAAGAGAGCUGUAGAAGUUCACGAGGUGCUGGAAUCCUUGGGUGCUGUUCAAGUCACUUUUUCCAAGUUUAUGAACAAGAGAAAGUCAUUUUUUUAAAAAAAACUGUGCUUAAGUUCUAGAAGAUGUCAGUGAAGGGGUUUGCCAUUUGAUAGCCUGAGGAUCAUUUCUGUAAAUAUCAUUGACACACUCACCUUUUGUACAUGUCUUGGGUAAUGACAGGUGGCUUCCACAGCCAUGACAGUUUGUUGUUGUUUGGGAAUUUUCUUUAAGACAGCACUUUUCUGGAAGGAGUUAAAAAUGAAUCAAGUUUCAGAGAAAGAGCCUGCCAAGGUGGGACCUGGAGGUCAAGCUCCUUCUUCACCCUGCAUGGUCAGAGCCCUGGGACUGAAGCCUGGCCUUGGGAAUGGGGUGCUGUGAGCUUCACAAGGUGAACAGACAUGUUGGCGAUGCCAGGGAAGGGGUCUAAAACAGGUGGUGUGCUUCUCUAGUAGCUUGGCCUCUGCAGGCUAGUUUGUGAUGGGCCCUAACCCGCCCCACAUCCCCAUACUCUGGCUUCCUAGCCUUCCCCAUCUCCCUGAGGGGGUGGGAAGAGGGCCAAAAAACCCAAAACCAAACCCAGUGCCAUCGAGUCAAUUCUGACUCAUAGCGACGCUAUAGAACAGAGUAGAACUGCCCCAUAGAGUUUCCAAGGAGCACCUGGCAGACUUAAACUGCCGACCCUUUGGUUAGCAGCGGUAGCACUUAACCACUACGCCACCAGGGUUUCCAAAAAACCCAGUGCUGUACCCCUUCCUGUCUUCCAGCACAGCCUUUCCCCACCACACUCCUGUUGUCUGCCUGCCUCUAUCCAGGGUCUUGGCGGGGCAUGAUCCACAGUUUCCAGCCUGGGCGUGAGAGCUGGGCACUGAUCUCCUCCCCUCUGCCUAGGAGAGGGAGGCCACAACUGGAGCACCCUGGAGCCCACAUCCUCGUCUCCCUUCCCCCAGCAUGUGCCAUCUGCCACCUGUCAGCUUCUCUUCACAGACAUUAAUCCCUGGCUCUGGCCGAGGUGGGGUAGCUGCUGAUUCGGCCCCUCUUUCCUGGAUCUUUCCCAGGUGCCAAGUGUGGCAUGGGGCGAGUUAGUCCAGCCUAGCCAGCUGGGGACUGAGGGCAACCAUCUUGCACAUCCAUGCAAUCACAAGUAAGGAUUUUAACUGCUCUGAGUGGCUGUGUGGACAAAACAUCAUUCAUCUGCCUCUAACUACCUAGUGGCCCUGCUUCCACUGUCAUCCCUCUUCCUGAAGUGGCUUCUUGGGCUUAGAGAGCCCAUUCACUUUGACUUUCUGAAGCUGGAGCCAGGAGAUGGAAUUUGAGAUCCUGUUCCACAUUCUUCUCCCAUUCCGUCAGAGUCCAUCUAUUGUGGCCCUGAUCAGAAUGGCUGGUAGCGGUAGUCGGGCACCAUCUCACCUAGUUCUUCUGGUCUCAGGGGACAAGUCCCUCCUGAUGACCAAAGUACAGGAGAUGAAGUCUGCUGUCAUUGCCUCCAAGGAGCGUUCUGGCUGUACUUCUUUGAAGACAGACUUGUUCAUUCUUCUGGCAUUCCAUGGACUCAGUGGCUGUUGAGGAUGUGGCUGUGGACUUUACUCAGGAAGAGUGGGCAUUACUGGAUCUUUCUCAGAGGAAGCUCUACAGAGACGUGAUGAUGGAAACCUUCAGAAACCUGGCCUCAGUGGUUUCUCGAAACCUUAAUGAUGGAGAAAAGCUGUCCAGUGAAAAUAUAAUAGUACGAUUCAUGAAAAAUGACACCUGGUCCUUGGUGGUAGGAGAAAUCCAUGAAUUUCAUGGCAUUGAAGAUCAGAAUAACAACCAGAAAACACGUGUGAGCGUGCUGCCCAUUUUUAACAGAAGGCAUAUGGUAGAGAACCUCUGUGAAAGUAAUGAAGACAAUCAGUAUGAACAGACCUUCAACCGGAUUCCAAAUCUUUCUGUGCUCAAAAGAACUUCUGUGGAAACAUAUCCUUCUGAAUGCCUUGAGUGUGGAAAAUCCUUGAUGGAUCAUUCAUCACUUAAGCAUCAUAUCGGAUCUCACUCUGGAUGCAGUGCCUCUCAGUGUAGUGAAUGUGGAGAAGCCUGCAAUUGUCCCUCUUACCUCAGCACUCCUGUAAGAACUCUUACUGGAGACAAACCCUUUGAGUGUAAGAAAUGUGGCAAGGCCUUUUGUCAUUCCUCAGACCUUACUAGACCUGUGAGAACUCACUGUGGCGUGAGGUCUUAUGAAUGUAAGGAAUGUGGGAAAGCCUUUAGUCAAUCCUCAGACCUUACUGCACAUAUAAGAAUUCACAGUGGAGAGAGGCUUUACGAAUGUAAGGAAUGUGGAAAAGCCUUUCGUUGGUCCUCAAACCUCACUAUACAUAUGAGAAUUCACAGUGGAGAGAGGCCUUAUGAAUGUAAGGAAUGUGGGAAAGCCUUUAGUCGGUCCUCACACCUCACUACACAUAUAAGAACUCACAGCGGUGAGAGGCCUUAUGAGUGUAAGCAAUGUGGGAAAGCCUUUAGUCACUCAUCAAACCUCACUGAACAUAUGAGAACUCACAGUGGAGAGAGGCCUUAUGAAUGUAAGGAAUGUGGGAAAGCCUUUAGUCAAUCCUCCCACCUCACUGAACAUAUGAGAACUCACAGUGGAGAGCGGCCUUAUGAAUGUAAGGAGUGUGGGAAAGCCUUUAGCCACUCCUCAGACCUCACUACACAUAUGAGAAUUCACAGUGGAGAGAGGCCUUAUGAAUGUAAGGAAUGUGGGAAAGCCUUUAGUCGGUCUUCACACCUCACUACACAUAUAAGAACUCACAGUGGUGAGAGGCCUUAUGAAUGUAAGGAAUGUGGCAAAACCUUUAGUCACUCCUCAAACCUCAGUGAACAUAUAAGAACUCACAGUGGAGCAAGGCCUUAAGUAAGGAAGUGGGAAACCUUUUAGUCAGUCUCCAUUGCUUACUGAACAUAAAUAACCUCACACUAGCAGAGACUUUAUGAAUGUAAGGAAUGUGGGAAAGCAUUUGGUUUUUCUUCAUCCCUCACUGAAUACAUAAGAAGCCACCCUGGAGAGAAACAUUUUGAAUAUAUGAAGCAUGUGACAUUCUUUUGUGAAUUCUCAAACCUCACUCAUUGCAUAAAAACCCACAGUGGAAAAAGGCUUUAUAAAUGCAAGGAAUUUGUCCCUAUUAUAUAAGUUAUUACGAUGAAACAACCAAUAGUUAAUUGCAGGCACUCACUUCACCCUUUUAUCUAAGCAUGCAUCUCCUACAAAAAAGGCCAAUUUCCUACCCAGAAAACCCAGGUCUUCAUUGUCUCACACAACAAAUGAAAUUUUAUCCGGUUGUCCAUAAAAUAUCUAUUAUAGUUGUUGGGUUUUUUGAAGCCAGGAUCCAAAUGAGAUUUGUACAUUGCCUUUUUAUUUUUAGAUCUGUUUAGUUUAUCUUACACAGAACAUUCUCCUGCUUGUCUAGUAAAAUGUUAAAAUGUUCAGCAUUCUGAUACAGUCAAACCUGUGACAGCUGGAACCUGUGAAAGUCAUAAACCUAUCAGAGAAAGAAAACUCAGUGGAUGUUUAUGAAGUAGGAUUCUUAAUAGAAAGCAAGAGAAAAGUGGUAAGUACCCCAUCAAAGGUGGAAAACAUGCAAGACCUGGUAAAAUAAGGCAAUCCCAUCAAAUUCCGUCUCUUCCAGGUUUCACUGUAUUUGCUUUAUCAUGAUUUUGAUAGUUUGUCUUCUGUAUUUUUUGUAAGGUAGAUGUUGAGUACAACACAGUUCUGUCUAAUACAACUGUAAUGCAAGUCAAAGGUGUAAUUUAAAAUAUUUUAGUAGCCAUGUUAGAAAAUUAAAAAGGUAAUGUGAAAUUUUUAAUGAAAAAUCUUUUUUUAACCCAAUAUAUCGUUAUUGUCAAUUGUCAAAAAUUGUAAAUGAAAUUAACAACUAAUCAGUGUACACUUAUUUAUGGGACAUUUUUUUACAUUUACUUCUUUUGUACUCAGUCUUCCAGAAUCCAGAAGCAGUGCAUCUCAUAAAUUUUACUGUUGAAAAAGUAGAUUCCCAAUCCUAGGCUACUCCCAAUAUGCUUUCCCAAUAAUUGAAUCAUUUAUUGUUGUAUAUAAAUUAAUUAAUAUUAGAGUUAAUUAGUUUCUGAGUUGCACUAGCCACAUAGGUUGUUGACAGAACCCUAUUAGUGUUUGAAUGCAAAAGAAAUCCCUGGAUCACUUUGUACUUUCCUGUUCUAGAUCUGGAAUCAACCGUUUCUCCACAAACUUCAGGUUCCUUUUGAAAAUCAAGGUCUGUGAAAUACAUGGGCUCAGUGAUAAACCAAAACCUUUUACCAGUGAGUCAAUUUUGUCUUGGUCUUUCAGUGAGCAUGUAAAAUAUGUAAUUUCUUACAUCAUAAAUUCAUACUCAUAUUCCCAAUACAAAUUUAAAAUUAUAAGUUUUUUUUUUUUUUUUUAAUGUAACGGAAAUGAUGCAGACAAUGUUAAAUAGGCAAACUAGACUUUAUUCAGGCUAUUGCAUUAGGAGAGAGACCUUAACAUAAGUCAGAGUUCAACUCCAAAGAGUGAGUCGAUGCGAGGGGUUUUUUAUGAGCUUGGUUGACGUGAGAUACUUAAAACUUACUAAGAGGAAGUUGGCAAGCAAAAAUAGGGCAGGAGGAUGAGUUUUAGACAAGAAUUCUAAUGGUUUUCAGAAGUAUUUGCUCAAGGCAGGUUUAUUAGGCUGAUGCAAGGAACAUUCAUGGGUAAAUGUUCUAAAUGGGUAAAUCUUGUCACUUUCUGUUAUUUUGUGUUUAUAUCUCUUAUCUGUUUUAAUAAAAACCUUGAUUCAUUGGUUCCUAGUAACAUUCAAAUAGUUCCAAUAUCAUAAUACUAAUAGUACUACUAACUAAAAACUUACUCCAUAAAGUACUGAGUGUUUUUCACCUUUCUUUUUGUACUUUAUGUUAAGGAUAUUAACACAAAAUUACUGAGCACAGCUCUUUUCUGUAUGGUUAUGUGAUUAGUUUGUUAUUGUUUGCUGCUGUUGAGUUGGCUUCAGCUCAUGGUGACAUUAUUUAUGUUGUUGUGUGCUGUGGAGUCGAUUCCAGUUCAUAGCGACCCCAUGUGACAGUAGAAUUGCCCCAUAGGGUUUUCUUGGCUAUAAUCUUUACAGAAGCAGAUUGCCAGGACUUUCUGCUGUGGAACUGCUGAGUGGCUUUGAACUAUCAACCUUUCAGUUAGUAGCCAAUUGCUCAACCAUUGUGCCAGCGGGGCCUUCUGCAUAACAGAACAAAAUGUUUUCCAGUCAUGCACCAUCUUCAUGAUCAUUGGUAUGUCUGAGUAGUGCCAUCCAACCCAGAGGGCUCAUCUUUCAGCACUAUAUCAGACACUGUUCUGUUGAUGCAUAAGGUUUUCAUUGACUGAUUUUCUAAAGUAGAUUGCCAGGCCUUUCUUCCUAGGCUGCUGUAGUCUGUAAGCUCCUCUGAUAACCUGUCCAUCAUGGGUGACUCUGCUGGUAUUUGAAAUACUGGUGGCAUAGCUUCCGGCAUCAGCAGCAUGCCAGCCACCACAGCACAGCAAACACAGACAGGUGGUGACAGUUUGAUAUGUUAUUAUGUUCACUUGUUUCUGUUUACAUCUAAUUUUAAAGUUUGCUUUAAUCUUGAAUUAUUCCUUUAACAUGUAAAACUUUCACCUGGUUCAAAACUAAAAGCUGUAUGAAAAGGUGUGUUCAGAAGGCCAACUUCCUCCUAUACCGCCUGUGCUCUGUUAAGAUUACUACCAAUUGAUAUUAACACUUUGAGAUGAAUCUAUGUAUAUAUUUGUAUAUGCUGUGAUGGUUAAGAUUGUGUGUGAACUUGGCUAGGCCAUGACACUCUGUGUUUUGGCAGUUGUAUAGUGUUGCGAUCACUUUCCUGUUGAGAUUUGAUAUGUGAUCACCCCCGUGAUGGGAUCUGCUGUGAGUAGCCAAUCAGUUGAAAGGGAUUUUCCUUGGGUGUGUGGCCUGCACCCAAAUAUAAGUGGACAUUCUGGCUUUUGCCUAUUUUGGAUCCUGCAGCUGGCUUCUGUUCGUCUGACCUCCAGUUCUUGGGACUGAGCUAGCAGCGUACCUGCACCCUAGCUUGCCAACCUUGAGAUUCUUCCAUCUUCACAGACUGUGAGCAAGAACUCUGCUUUCUGACCUACCAAUCUUGGGUUCACCAGUCCCUGUGGCUACGUGAAUCCAGAGAAGCCUCUGUCAUGAUAUAAAUAUAUGUAUGUUUAUAUGCUUUACUGGUUUUUCUUCUCUGGAGAACCCAACCUAAGACUUUGGAACCAGGAGUGGUUCUAGGGAAACAAAAUUGUUAGGAUGAGUUUUCUAAAUUGGUUCUGAAGUCUGGUUACUUUUAAAGAUGUUGAUGACUCUGCUUGCAGCAGUAAAGAGGGCACUGCUAAUCCAUGGUGUGAGAUGGCAAUACAAAUAUGCAAAAUAUCACCACCAAUAGAUCAGGUAUUGGCGGAAGGUAAGGCUCUGGGUGAUUGUAUGUGUGAUACCUUUCUACAGUUUUGUCAUAAUGAGAAAUAUAAGGAAGCUGGUUGUUUGGCCCUACUUUCUCUAGACAGACUGGUGAAAGAAAGAGACGUGCUCAGGGCUUCAGAGUCAAAGCCAAAGCAACCUCAAAGUUUCCACUUGUGCUUUGAAAGAAAGCCUUAUUUCUUGUAGUAACAGAGCUGAUAUUGCUGAAGACCAAACCCAGAGUCUUAUUGUAAGUGUGUCAGAAUUAGAACCCCAGCUCAACUGUCAACCUUGAGAAGUGUCUGAAGUUAAAGUAAGGGCAUUGAUUGGAAAGGAAUGGAAUCCUGAAACAUGGGAUAGGGAUAUACGGGCAGAUAAUCAGGAAGCUGGAGACAUUGAGCCCCUGCAUUCCAUUGAAUCACUCCCGCUAACAGAACCAGCCCUGUCAGUCCCAUCUGAAGAGUACUCCAUGUUUGUCUGUUAAACCGCCCUGCCCAGUAAAACAGCCCCUCCAUUCCCAUCUAAUGAGAUUAGCCCAGCUGCUUCUAAAGAUCCCUCGUCUGAGUCAUUGUCUGGGGCAUCCACUGAGGCAGGUGCUUUAAGGACAUUGUUGAAUGCUCUCAAAACACUUGCCCACUACUGAUUUUGGCUUCUAGACUUAUAACUAGAUUUAAGUCCCAGCGAGCUCCAAAGGGUGAAGUACAACGUGCGACCCAAGGAGGUAUGCUACACUCCAAAAGAACUACUUUUCUAGUAUGUACAAACAGAAACCUGGGGAAUAUGUGUGGGAAUCGCUAUGAACGGUGUGGGAUAAUGGUGCAAGGAGCAUAAAGAUGGAUCAGUCUGAAUUGAUUGAUAUAGGCCAACUAAGCACAGAUUUUUAUUCAGUGUUUCAGCUUGAGAAGUUAGGGAAGGAUCUAAUAGUUUACUUGGUUGGGUUGCUGAAGCAUGGAUUAUGCAGCGACCUACACUAAAUCAAGUACCAGACCUGCCUUGGUGUACUGUAGAAGAGGGCAUCCAAAGGCUUAGGGAAAUUGGCAUGCUAGAGUGGAUUUAUCAGGUUAGACCCACAGACCUGUACAUAAAGUUCCCAGAGGACACACCUUUUACCACAACAGUGAGGAACAAGGAGCCCCAGCAUCCUUGAAGACUGCUGUGAUUGCUGUUUUUGUAAAUCAGAUUUGACAGUGGGAACUGCCCUAACUGGAUUAAGACACUAACUACAGUGGGGCUGAUUGGACCCUGUGGUGGUAGGGGCCAAGUGGUGGCACCCAAUUGACAAAGAUAAGGUGGGCAUGUGUCAUGGAUUGAAUUGCGUCCCCUAAAAGUAUCUGUCCACUUGGCUAGGUCAUGAUUCCAUUGUAUGAUUGUCUACCAUUUUGUCUUCUGAUGUGAUUUCCCUAAAUGUUGUAAAUCCUAUCACUGUGAUGUAAUAAGAUGGAUUAAUGGCUGUUAUACUGAUGAGGUCUAAAAGAUUAGUGUCUUAAGCCAAUCUCUUUUGAGAUACAAAAGAAAGAGGUGAGCAGAGUGACCUGGGGACCUCAUGCCACCAAGAAAGCAGUGCCGGGAGCAGAAUGUGUCCUUUGAACCUGAGGUUCCUGUGCUGAGAUGCUCCCAGACCAAGGGAAGGCUGAUGACAAGGAACAUCCUCCAGAGCUGACAGAGAAAGCCCUCACCUGGAGCCAGCGCCCUGAAUUUGGACUCCUAGCCUAGUGGACUGUGUGAGAGAAUAAACUUUCCUUUGUUAAAGCCGUCCACUUGUGGUAUUUAUGUUAUAGCAACACUGGAUGACUAAGACAGCCUGUUUACUGUAACAGACAGUGGAGUCAAAGCAGUAAUUGUAAUAGUCUGACUUGUAUGAACUUAUUGCAUUGACUACUUAGUUAUGGUGUUCCUAGGAGUGAAAGAGAUAGAAAAUCUACUAAACAUUUACUUGAUCUGUAUAAGCGGGUGAAUUCUAGGUCAAGUGAACAGCAGCCUAACUUGAAUCACCGGAACAGAGAGUCAUGGUCCCUCAAUAAAUUCCCAGACUUGAGCAAGUUUAAAGACCCACAACCCUGGAUUGAAGGGGAGGCCAGGUCACCUUGAGGAAGGACUCCUAUACAGCGCCAAAAACUUGUACUGUUAAUCUUUUUCCUGGCUUUGCCCAAAGGGAUCUAUGGCCCUUUCUAAGAGUGAGUGUUCAUUGGGGAAAAGGAAAUGAGACUUUUCAGGGAUUACUGGAUACUGUCUCUGAACUGACAUUAAGUCCAGGAGACCCGAAAUGUCACUGUGUCCCACCAGUCAGAGUGGGGGCAUAUGGAGGUCAGGUUAUCAAUGGAGUCUUAGCCCACAUCUGUACUACUGGUCCAGUGGGUCCUUGAACCCAUCCUAUAGUGAUUUUCCCAGUUUCAGAAUGCAUAAUUGGAAUAGACAUACUCAGCAACUGGCAGAACCCCCACAUUGGAUCCCUGACAAAUGGAAUAGGGGCUAUUACGGUAGGAAACGCAAGUGGAAGCCAUUAGAAUGGCUCCUACCUAGGAAAAUAGUAAACCAGAGCAAUACGGCAUCCUUGGAGGAAUUGCAGAGUUUAGUGCCACCAUCAAGUAUCUGAAGGAUGCAGGGAUGGUGAUUCCCACCACAUCCCCAUUCACCUUGCCUGUCUGGCCUGUGCAAAAAACAGAUGUGGAGAAUGACAGUGGAUUAUCGAAAAUUUAACCAGACAGUGACUCCAAUUGCAGCUGCUGUUCCAGAUGUAGUUUCAUUGCUUGAGUACAUUAAUAGAUCUCCUGGUACCUGGUAUGCAGCCAUUUAUCUGGCUAAUGCCCUUUUCUCCAAUACCCAUUUCAAAAGACCAUCAGAAGCAGUUUGCCUUCAGGUGAAAAGGCAAGAAAUACACCUUCAGUUGCCUUCCUUGGGGCUACGUCAGCUCGUCAGCUCUGAGUCAUAAUUUAGUCCUGAGACCUUGAUUGCCUUUCCCUUCCACAGGAUGUCAUGCUGGUGCAUUGCAUUGAUGAUAUUAUGCUGAUUGGACCUAGUAAGGAAGAAGUUUCAGUGACUCUGGACUUCCUGGUAAAACAUUUGUAUGCUACCAAAAAUAAAAAUCAAACCUGUUGCUGUUGAGCCAGUUCCAACUCAUGGUGACCCUAUAGGUCAAAGUAGAACUGUCCCAUAGGGUUUCCAAGACCAGCUGGUGGAUUCGAACUGUCGACCUUUUGGUUAGCAGCUGAGUUCUUCACCAUUGCACUACCAGGGCUCCUAGAGGGUGAGAAAUUAAUCCCACAAAAAUACAGGUGCCUUCCACUUCAGUGAAAUUUCUAGCGGUCCAUUGAUGUGGGGCAUUUUGAGAUAAUCCUUCUAAAGUGAAAGAUAAAUUGUUACAUCUGUCUCUUCCUACAACUAAAAAGGCACAACACCUGGUGGGCCUUUUUGGAUUUUGGAAGCAACAUAUCACUCGUUUGGGUGUACUACUCCAGCCUAUUUAUCAGGUGACCCAAAAGCUCCUAGCUUUGAAUGGGGCCCCAAACAACAGAAGGCUCUGCAGCCUUGGAAGCUUCUCUGCCACUUUGGCCAUAUGAUCUGGCUGAUCAGUGGUGUUUGAAGUGUCAAAGAUGCUGUUUGGAGUCUUUGGCAAGUCCCUAUUGUUGAAACACAGUGAAAACCCUUAGAAUUUUGGAGUAAAGUCCUGCCACCCUCUGCAGAUAACUACUCUC